CGCGGAAUCAGUGAGGAAUUAGCCUUGAUUGUGUGUGGUGAUCUUAGCGUUCAGUCUAGCUAUUGGGAUAUUUAAUGCUUGAUUUAUAGUGUAUAUUUGGAAAAAAUCAUGUCAUUCGAACUGCCACCAGAUGCACCUGCCCCAAGAUUGUGCCAUUUAAUUAAAUGGGUGGAUUUUGAUGGAUACGGCUUUAAUUUACAUGCCGAGAAAUCGAGAACUGGGCAAUUUAUCGGUAAAGUUGAUGAAGAAAGCCCAGCUCAACAUGCUGGUCUCAAAGAAGGGGAUCGAAUUAUCGAAGUAAACGGAGUAAAUAUUGCCAACGAAAACCACAGGCAAGUUGUUGAAAGGAUAAAAUCAAUUCCAAAUGAAACGAAGUUGCUUGUCGUCGAUGAAGAAGCUGACAGGUGGUAUAAAGAAAGGAAAAUAGUUGUGAAAAGUAUCCAGAAUAAUGUGCAGAUAAUGAAAACGCCUGUGCCGCGUCCUUCCAAGGAGCCUCCUUGUUAUGAAAAUAUAGCCCCGUCAACAAACGGCGUAGAAAAAAAAUCUGUCGGGAAUGGCGUUCAUGAUGUCAAACAUUCGCCCCCAAGCUCUUCUAAACAUGAAAACAAACAGAACGGCAAAGUUUCUCACGAAUCAAACGGACCGGUCGAAGAACCCCAUGUCCGAGAAGUCGAGGAGAAGUCUAGCCCAAAAAUUAUCAAAGGAAAACCUCUUGAUAGUCCUGUACAAAAAGCCAAAGAGGAGGUUGAUUCCCGCAGUUCCACCCCCAUGGAUGGCAACACAUCCAUCCCCGAUUCACCACACUCCACUAAAAGCUCUCGCAGCACCAACAGUGUUGGUGGUGGCAGCAACCAGAACGGGCAGCUGCCCUCUACUUUGGAGGACGGAAUGUUGAACCUCAACAUGAGCGCCUCAGAGAUGCGCCAAAUGCUUGCCAACCGAAGGAAGAAGGACCCCAAAAAAGAACCCAUGGAUAUCAGGCAGAAAUAUGAAAUCAUCCAACAGAUGUGAAGGAAUAUCGUCGAUUUUAAUAAUUGGUUCAUUAAAUUGUUAUUGAAUCUUGGAAGAUUUUUGUUGAGGAAUUACAACCAAAUGUUGAAUUUUUCUUCAAUUCUGCUGCUAUAAGUUCGUUGCGUCAACUUUUUUUUUUUACAUAAUCGAAUUCCUAGCCAUCAAAACCGUUGAACUGAAAAUUGUUGAGUUGUAGAAUCAAGUUCAAUUUGCUUUUCUAUUUGUCCCAUUUAAAAUUUUUGACGCUACAUUCAAGUCCCCCCCCCCCCUCCUAUGGUGAUGGCAGUAAAAGUUCUCUUUUCAAUUCCUAAACAUUUUUGUGCAUAUGUACAGUGCCAUUCACUGAAAAUAGGAUGCAGCAAAAAAAAACUACGACAGCGUUAAAUUCUUAUUAUUGUAUUUGUGCGUUUUUUGGGGAAGGGUUUCUUUUGUCUUUUAACAAUUUUCUUUCUGUGUUUCACCUUGUUGUAUACUUAAAUGUCUUCUCUUUUUUUUUUGUUUCAGAAAAAUAGGUUUCAAUUACAACGAUUAUAUUUGUUUUGUAAAUUUAUUUUGUCAUGUUGAUCAUUCUGUCAAGUUUCUUCUUAAAUAUGAUUUUGACGCAGUUGGAAUUCUCGUAACCGCGUAGAAUAUUUAUCUUUGUUGUAAAAAUGUUUGUAUUGAUAAAGUUGAUUGUAUAUUGUACCAACGGUGCCUUAAAACAUUUGUAUUGAAAAGCUUGUUUUUUCAUGUUCUUGUAUUGUUCCUAAUUACAUGGUUCAGUCAUUUUGUGCAACAUUUAAAUUUUGUUUCGGAUAUUUCCCACGGCACGCAAUUUCUUUUGCUGACUUACCUGUUUAUUAAUAGUUAAUAUGUAAUACAAGCGAAAAAAAAAACAUAAUGAUAGCUUCAUGUUCAAUAUGGUGUUGAGAUUUGAAAUUUCACUCUUAUGCUUAAGUAAUCUUCCUCGUGUAAUUCAUUAUUAUUUUAAAAAUUUUCUUUUUGUUUAAAAUUAUUAAUCAAAUGGAUAUUUUUAUUAAUGUAUUCCCUGUACGAGCUUCUAAUAAGCAAAGGAGAGGUGUAGGAUCAAUCUCUAUCCCCUCCUAAUUAAAUGUAACUCCUCAAGUUACACUUUUCAAACUAUAUGUGGUAUUUUCUAAUUAAUAACAAUGAUAAACUGAAAAAUAUUUGAAAAAUCUAUGAACAGUAAGUAUUAUAUGCAGUGAAGUAUAUAAUACUUAUUUGUAUACAAUACUUAAUACAUUCUAUAACAUUAAGAAUUGACUGUUAAUUAGCUAAUCUUAAUCCUCAAAAUUAAAACUGGUCUCGCUCUUUUGAAUAAAAACUGAUUAUUUUAAUGCACUUAAAAAUUGUUAGAUGGGAUUGUGCUGGUAAAAAGGCACUAAAAAAGCAUCGCCGAAACUAAAACAUAACGGUUUCUUUUUGUGGCUGUUUAGCCCAUCUUCAGACUGAAAUCGAUUCAAAUUUUUUUUUUUUUUUUUUUUUUUUUUUCCAAUUUUACCUUUAUAUUCCACUUUUUAGUGAGAAAAAAAUAACUGCUUCUAAAUAAUUAAAUACGUCGAACAAUUUCUAAGAGGGAUUUGUAAAUAUAAAUUUAAUUCAUUUUUGAUUUUUAAAGAUAUUUAGAUAAUAUUGCUUUGCAAUUUUGCAGCAUACUAUUUCCUGUUCAAGUUUUUAACCCUUGCACAUAUCAAAAUGUUAUUCUCUUGUUAAAACUGUCCAGUUCAAUCACAUUUAGUGCCUUAAUUUCAAAGCACACACUCUGAAACUUUCCUAUUAGUUUCUUGCUCUUAAUAAUCUGUUGGUAAAUCACUUAAGUUUAAUUAAAGUUGAAGUUUUGAAUUGACAUUUGACUCGUGGUUACGAUAAAAAGUAGUAUGCAUUCAAUAGUAUGAAAAGAGGUACUCAUUGAUGAGCAGUAUUUCGUUGAAUAUAGCUUCGAAUUGAAUAUAGCUUUCCUUGAAUUUUUUUUUUUUUUUUUUUGUAAUCGUCUGUGAACUCCAGGUUAAUAUUAAUGAUCUUUGUUCAGUGAUAAGACAACAGUAGCUAGUAUAAUGAGUUGAAUUUGAAUGAAAGAAUUCUUCUAUUUAGACAGAUUUACUUCCAUCCCCAAAAAAUUCUGCCUCAAACAAAUGAAUAGUUCAACCUUUUAGUCGAUACUGAUCUUGCAAUAACUCAUUUUGUUAGUUUUUUGUUUCUGUAAUCAAAACUAAUAGGAAAGUGUUCUUGUGUAUUGAUAUCAUAUGAGCAAUUGAAAUACAUGUUUUUGUUUUUUUUAAUUUAAUUUGGAGACGCUCUAUUCUAUUGUACAUUUUUCAUGCAAAUAGAAAUGCUUUAUGUAUACACUGUGGAGAAAGCGUUUACGCUUUUGCAAAUUUGGGUCCAAACAAGUUUUGUAUUUUGUGUUAUUGGAGAAAGUUCUUUUGUAUGGCGCCUUACCGCUGUACUGCUUUUGAAUGUUAAAUAAAAUUGUAUUUGCAUAAAA